CCCUGCAGGGGCGAAAAGGAGUAAUAAUUAGCAGCUUCUUGGUCUGGCUGAGCGCGCGGAGGGGCACUGCCAGGCGCCAAGCCCAGCCUGCCCGCCCCUCCUCCGGCGCUUGGCUGCAACCUCCGGCACAGGUGAGCCGGCGCUGACUUUCCGACAGUCAGUCUGUGACUAAGCAGGGGAACAAACUGUCUCCGGUGCUAGUUCAGCCCAACAACUAAGGUAAAAAGGAUCUUUCUGCUCACAUGUGAAUAACAGGUGAAAAUGAAGGUCAUGAGAGUGUUAUCUUGGUAGCUGAGAUGGUUGAAGGCCAGCUUCUCCGUCAUCAUCCCAGAGCCUGGUAAAUGGAGCUCAAGAGGAGAGAGUGCUGAUUCUUUUGCAGCAACACAUGAACAGAAAAAAUAAGUCAUGCGUGAUCCCUGUGACGUCAACCUUUGAAUUUCCUGUUGGAAACUCAGAUGAAGCAGAGAAUCCUCGAGCUCUACCACAGCAGCAAUUCCAGAAGGAUAUCCUCAGAUGAUCUCAAAAAGGGGGAAAAGAUGGCUAUGAUGCCUCACCAGGGCUCUUCUUGGAUCUUCGUCAAUGAGAGGACAUUCAUUACCAGGGAACAACUUAAUUCUUUAUUGGAGACCUAUAACAUUUUUUAUGAGAACCAGAAAAAUCUGCAUAUUUUGUAUGGACAGACUGAAGAUGGUAAACUAAUUGUUGAAGGAAUGCUGGACAUUUUCUGGGGAGUGAAACGGCCUAUACAGCUGAAAAUACAAGAUGAGAAGCAAAUCCCUUCUUUUACUGCGUCGAAGUCACCAGAUGUCUUUUCCAAAAGGGGAAUGACACGGUGGGGGGAAUUUGAUGAUCUUUAUCAUAUUAGUGAGCUGGACAGGACCCAGAUUCCAGUGCCUGAAGCAACGAAUUCCCAGGAAGAUUAUUUAUCUUAUCACAGCAGCACUCUGAAGCCUCGUGCAGGUAAAGAGCCAGAAUCCUCACUGCUCUAUAGAACCAUGAGUGAAGCAAACCUGGUGAGAAAAAGGAUGAAGCCUCCAAUGAUGGACAGAAAAGACAGACAAAACCAUAGGGCCUCUAUUAAUGGGCACUUUUAUAACCAUGAAACAUCAAUUUUCACUCCAGCUUUUGGAUCAGAAACUAAGGUCAGAAUAAACAGUAAUAUGCGAACUGAAGAAGUAAUAAAGCAACUUCUCAAAAAAUUUAAGAUUGAAAACAGUGCCCAGGAUUUUGCACUUUACAUAAUUUUUGCAACAGGAGAGCAGAAACGGCUAAAGAAGACAGACAUUCCGCUACUGCAUAGGCUCCUACAGGGACCUUCCUCAAAGAAUGCUCGCAUUUUCCUCAUGGAUAAAGAUGCAGAAGAAAUUAGCAGAGAUGUGGCUCAGUACAUUAACUUCCAUUUUUCUCUCCUGGAAUCCAUCCUUCAAAGAUUAAAUGAAGAGGAGAAAAGAGAGAUUCAAAGAACGGUAACGAAAUUCAAAACAGAAAAGGCUAUUAUACUGAAAUGUCUUCAAAGUAAACGGGUAGUGAAAACAGAGACGACAGUUUAGCGAUGCAGGCUGCUAUUGCUAAAACACUUUAACAAAAUUAGAGAGAUGUUACUAUUUGAUGAGUGCAUAAAUUCUAUACUUGCACUCAUACAAAUAUAUAUGAACUUGAAUCCGUAGAAAUUGAAUGUCAAAGAAGCUUGUCUCUCUUUGAAGUGAUGAGGUUAACUAGAGUUCACAGUUGGACUGAAAUGAGCUUGAAUUUAUUUCAGUAACUGAAAUAAGCAUGGAUACUGUGUAUUCCAAAUAGUUUUUAUAGUAAAACUCAAUGAACUUGAAUUUAAAUGGCACCUUCAGAUAUCAUGCAAUUUAAACUUCUUUAGCUUGAACUCUCAAAAGAACUGAAAUUCAGUUUCAGUUCAGAAAUAAAAACUGUCAGCCCUUGAAACAAAAUGAAGCACAUUCUUCCUCCACCAAGGCAUCUGGUGGUGACAGUGUUUCACAGUGCCUUGAAGACUCUAGCAUUUUCAUAAAACCCAGGGCUGUCUUUAAAUGGGUGGAUGACUUUUGGCUAUCUGUAACAUCAGAGCUAUCUGCCCUUUAGGAAGGAGAAGAUUGUGGACUCUUCUAAGAAAUCCAAAUUGUAAUUGUCUCAGCCUGACCCUUCUUUUUUCAUCUGUUCGACUGAUGACUUUCAAAAGUGUUAAGGUUUUUUUUUUAAAGGCAGUCGAACUAAUUUUCUUUAUUGUUCUAAAUAAAUAUAGCACAGAGACUUAAUAUAUUUCAUCAACUAGGCCAAGACUUGGCACACAGUAACCAUUGUUGCUGAAUCAAUGCAAUGGAUAAGGCAAAGCAGGUGUCACUAAUGCCAGGCAGGGAAUCGGAGCUCUGCCCUUUUUCUCUAGGACAACUUCUUCUACACGAUGAUGCCCAAGUACUUACAAGUCUGCUAAACUGAUUUGGAAAAAAUACACUGAAAAUGCCACAAGUAUCAUUUGUGAUUUUAUUUAUGAACUCUAUAUUGGAAUAGAGUUUUAUGCAAUAUUCUUCCACUUGCUAAACUACUUCCAUUUGCAUUCCUCAUAAGCACUGUACUGUUUGAUUACAUUACAUGUUACAUGUGUUAAGGGAUAAGGUUGUAUGUAAUAAACCCACUUGGAAGAUUAAUUAUCAAAAUAAUGAAACAUUUUUAAGACAAAGGUAUUACUUCUCAGGUCACCAGAACCUAACCUGGAUGAAAGUAAAAGUGUGCCAUGACCUUUUCAGUACUAGGAAAUUUCUUUUAUUGAGAAAAAAAGAAGCUUGCUUCUUUAUCUUUUCACCUAUCAAUUAAUAAGAAAAAAAUCUCGUCUCACUAAAAUAAGGCAAAUGUAAUAGUUAAAAUUCAAUAUACUUAUAAAAAACAAAGUAAUAUCAAGUACCCACCAUAAACAUGACAAAAGAUUCAUCUUUAAUAUAUUGAAAGUCUACAAAAUGCAUGAGAAAAAUACCAAGUCUUGGAUAG